GGCGGCCAUGGCGCUGCUGCGGGCGCUGCUGCUGCUGCUCUCCAGCCCGCGACUCGUGCAGCGGCUCUCGGAGUCGCGGCCCAUCCGCGCCGCCGCCCGGGUCACCGCCACCGCCCUCACCCGCGGCCAGCGCGACCUGGCCCCGCGCCUGCUUCGCCUGCGCGACGCCUUCCUCGCCGAGCUCAAGGACGGAGCCCGCGCACGGGGGUGGCCGUGGCCGCGCGGGCCGGGCCGCGGCGGCCGCCCCGGAUCAACGCCGUGAUCGCCGCUUCGAGCGGGAGGGCAGCUGCGGACGGAGCAGGGGAAGAGACGGGGACCGCCGCCGCUUCCCUGCGCCGAGCGCACAGAGCGCGUCGGAACCGGCGGGUGAAGGGCCGCGGCAGCUGCUCCGGACCCCCGGCGGUGCCUGGGCUGUGGAUGGCGAACUGCGGACUGGACGGUGCGUUCCACAUCGCAUGGCCUGGAGCGGCUCCUCGGGAAAGCAUGAACACGGGAAGCGGCGUCUCAUCCGUUUCGUGGAUUUCCAUUUCGAAGACAGUAUACACGUUCCACGGUUCUCAGGAACAGUCAGACUCACUUUAUAAUCACGCACAAUACUGUGAAGGUUGUCAUUUUAAGUGCUUGAUAAGGAACUUGAAAUAAAACCACGAUUCUCACGGGAGUACCUGUAACAA